UCCGAUGUUCAGAGAUAUUUGGUGUUUUGGGGAGAAUAUCAUAUGUAGCCAAGGAUAUGAUAUGUAAAAGCAUUGGGCAUAAUUAUUGUGAUAGCGGUAUCCUGUAAUAUCCAGAUCCAAUCACAAUUGGACAUUUGUUUCUGCUGGAGGUCAAGUCUCCAGCUGAGGAGCUGCCCGCAGACCCACCAUGCCGGGCAAGGUCAAGGUACGGGUGCUGGCCGGACGGAACCUACCGGUCAUGGACCGAGCCAACGACACGACGGACGCGUUCGUUGAGAUCCGGCUGGGCACGGUGACACAGAAGACAGACGUGUGCCGACGCUCGCUGAACCCCCAGUGGAACUCGGACUGGUUUCGGUUCGAGGUUCAGGACGACGCCGAGCUCCAGGACGAGCCUCUGCAGAUCCGUGUAAUGGACCACGACACGUACUCUGCCCACGACGCCAUAGGCAAGGUGUACCUGAGUCUCAGUCCGCUGCUGGCUCCUGAGCUCAUCAGCCGGGCCGACACGGCGCCCGCCGGGUCCGCAGGUGGACCUUCCGUGAUCUCUGGCUGGAUUCCGAUCUACGAUACCCUGCACGGUAUCCGCGGAGAGGUCAACGUCAUGGUCAAGGUGGACCUCUUCAGCGACUUCAACAAGUUCAGACACUCGUCCUGCGGUGUGCAGUACUUCUCCAGUCCGUGUGUGCCUGCCGGCCACUGCGUGCAGGCCAUGCUGGGCUUCGUGCACGAGCUGGUGGUGAAUGACGACCCCGAGUACCAGUGGAUUGACAAGAUCCGCACUCCCCGGGCGUCCAACGAGGCGCGACAGACGCUCUUCUCCAAACUCUCUGGCGAGGUGCAGCGCAGAAUCGGAGUGAACGUCAUCGAGGCUGGAGGGAACGCCGUCAUUGGGUACCGCCAGUGUUUUGAUCUGGAGGGUGAGACGGGUAUCGUGGUGCGCGGGAUCGGCACAGCCGUCAGUCUGGUGCGGACUGAGGCGCGCCCCAGCAGUCCCAGUCCGCUCAGUCGCCAGCCGGGCAGCGGCCGCGACCGGGACAGCGACCCGUGUGGUAGUCCCCACCUUCCGCAGCCGCCCGCUGCCGCCAGUGCCGCCUCUGUCCCCGCCGCUGCCGGAGCGUCAGUUGGAGCGUCAGCCGGAGCGCCAGUUGGAGUCCCAGCCGGAGCGCCAGUUGGAGUCCCAGCCGCCCACACGACUUCGGUAGAGGGGAGUGAUUCCGGUGACAAGCUCAGCCGCUCGCUGGAAAACGAUACCAACUUCAAAGCCCCAAGCAGCACUACGUCCAGCGGCGCUGACACGAAGCUACUGGCCCAGCUGGUGACCACGUCAGCCCAGCAGCGAGGCCAGCAGCAGGACAAUUACGAGUCGGCAGAGUUUCCCUUCAUCACACUGCGCACCUUUCCGUCGGGCUUCAUCACGCAUAUCGGCGGCACGGUGAGCGCUCGCUCUGUGAAGCUUCUCGACCGUAUCCACCACCCGGAGGAGAGUGAGACGCGAGACGCCUGGUGGGCUGAGGUACGGACGGAGGUCCGCUCGCACUGCAAGUCAUUAGCCUGCAACGUCGUGCUCGGAUAUGAAGAGGCGACAACUAUUUGGGAUGACGUAUGCGUGCUGAGCGCCUACGGCACGGCAGCCACGGUCAACUUUGCCGCGCUGGGUCUGUCGGAGCCGCUGGCGGCCGCUCGCUGUGACUCCCGGGAGGUGCGGUCGGCACUGCGGCUGGACGCCAGUCUGACCAGUCAGGCGCUGGUGAUUCUGGAGGAGCCCGACUCGUCGGUUUCCAACUGUGCUCCGUGUCACCUGCCCUACAGCCAGGGCAGCGCGCCCGCAUCGGCGCUCCAGUUCAACUGCGCCGUCUGUAGAAAGAGCAAGGUGCCUGACGUGGUGUUCAGCACCAUCGAACCCCCCGGGGGUCUUCCAGUCACCGGCCGUGGCUGUCUCGUUCAGGCCCGCGUGUGUCGAGAAAAAGCCGACGUCAAGUCUGAAGUUCUGGCCAAGGAGGUCUCCGACCGACUGCCGUUCCUCGAGUACGAACUGCACCGGCAGCUGCUCACCAAACUCAGGAUUCUCGGCAUGAAUGCGCUAUUUGACCUGACG